AUGAGCAUUGCUUCCGAUCUCCGUUUUGACAAUAGCUAUCACGAAGACUCACUGGACAGUAGAACAAACGAACGGACACCCUUAAGGCCUGUACCAAAGCUCACAGACCACCAGACGUUUGUCCUUCCCCGAAGGAGACUUCUUGCUAUCUUUCCCGCCCUUGCUCUUGUACAGUUCAUCUCAUUUCUUGACCAGACUGCCAUUGCAACCGCCUUGCCUUCGAUAGCCUUGGGCCUUGGUAUAGGACAGUCGAUCUCAUGGGUGGGCACGAGUUUCUUACUCACAAGUACAAGUACCCAAUUAGUAAAUGGACGCAUCUCCGAUAUAUUCGGCCGAAAAAAUUGCCUAAUAAUCGCUCUGCUGGUUAUGGGCUUUGGGAAUCUCUUAUCAGGUCUAUCUCAGACGCCUAUUCAACUGUACGCUGCUCGUGCCUUUACUGGACUAGGCGCAGGAUCAAUCAACGCCCUUGUUCAGAUCACUAUCUCGGACAUCACAACCCUGAAUCAGCGCGGUUAUUAUUUCGGAAUUAUAGGCAUUUCUGUAGCCUUUGGUAAUGGAUUGGGACCCAUAAUCGGCGGCUGGCUCAGUGAAGUAACUUCAUGGCGCUGGGCAUUCUGGUUUAUUUGCCCUCUAGUAGCGAUUGCGGUUUCAUACCUAGCACUGGUGUUGCCACAGUCCACAUCCCCUGAGAAUGUGUGGCAGAAGAUCCGCAUGGUCGAUUACGCUGGCAUACUUCUCACAGUGGGUGGCACUAUACUAUUCCUGGUCCCAAUCUCUCAAGGUGGCUCAACUUGGGGUUGGGGCUCUCCAACUUUGAUCAUCUUGCUCACCCUGAGCGGUCUCUGCUUUGCGUUAUUGGUAUUUGUGGAACGUAACAUGGCCAAAACUCCAGUCCUACCAAGACACGUUUUCUCCUGCGGGAGAUCAACGAAUACACUUCUUGCUGUCAAUCUAAUCAUUGGCUGGUGCUUCUGGGGAAAUCUUUUCUCACUUCCACUAUACCUCCAAAAUGUACGAGGCUGGAGCCCGGCUUUGGCUGGUUCGUAUAUCCUACCUCUGGUCAUCGCACACGGCAUCACGUCGGGACUAAGCGGAGUCAUUAUUACUCGCUGUGGACAUUACAUGCCCAUGAUUGUCAUCGGGACUGGACUAUGGGCCGUAGCGGCAAUUGUAAAAGCUUUCACUUAUAAUCGAGAGACACCAAUCUGGCUACUGUGCGUAAUAGGUAUCUUUGAGGGAAUUGGGGUUGGUUCUUGCUUACAGCCUGUAUUAAUAGGACUUCUUGCUGGCUCUCGAAAUGAGGACCGGGCAGUCAUUACAGUAAUCCGCAACUUUCUCCGAGAUAUGGGCGGCUCCAUCGGUAUUACAGUGUCAGGAGCUAUCCUAAACAGCGUUCUACUAAGUCAGCUCCAUGGAAAAUUCAGUGCUCAGCUGAUCAAGCGGCUCAUUUCUUCAGCAUUUUCGCUAAUAGACUUGAAUACUUCACGCCAAGAGAAUGAUCAGAUCUUGACGGCAUAUACCAGGGCAAUACAGAGUAUAUUUGUUUCGUAUGCUGUCCUGAUAUCGGCUCUCUUCCUCCUUUCCCUCACAAUUGAAGACUACGGACUACACGGCAGGUUAUGA